GCUACUUGGUUCCGCCCUCCCCGCCCGUGGAGCCUUCCAGAAGUCGCCGGCAGACCCGUGCGGCUUGCAGCUAAGCCACUCUCCAAGCCAUCACGAUAAAAUCUCAUUUUUUUCAUCUUUGAACACCUGUGAAGUGUCCUAAUACCUCUGUCAACAUGUCCUCCUUGGGGACGCUCGCUUUCGACGAGUAUGGGAGACCUUUUAUCAUCAUUAAAGACCAGGACAAGAAGACUCGGUUAACGGGCAUUGACGCACUGAAGGUACAAUGGGCUAGCUAGCGGAGCACCACUGCAGCACGUUGCUUAGCAAGUCAUCAGUCUCUUUCGUUUUAUUGGAGUUUGAUCUGUGAUAUUGACACCCUAUGUUAUGAUAUGUAUAUAAAUGGUCUGUAAUCAUAUCCCUAGCUGUCAGGCUGAGGGAUAACCCAGGAUAGUUUUAGUAAAUGGAUUAGCGAGUCAUGCUAAUAUUGAGGCCCAUGUGCUUUCUGUGCGGCGUUUAGCUGAUGGGUGUUGCUCCACACGGGUGUCCCCCAAACACUUGGUGUGGAUGCAUUCAAUUCCUCUGCUGAAAACCUGUUUCAUAUGUGAAUAUGUUUGUGUUUUGUGUUUUGCAGUCUCACAUUAUGGCAGCCAAAGCAGUCGCAUCAACGCUGAAAACAUCUUUGGGACCCAAUGGUGGGUGUAAAUGUGUAAUUCCUUUGAGACCUGGGGACCCAAGAAGCCUAGCUGCUGUCACAAAAAUGUUCUCCAGCUAAAUUAUUCAAAAUCUGAAAUAAUUCUCUGUAACAUGGGUCAAUGAUGUAUAAGGUUUUUAAACAUGGCAGUUUUAAAAUAGCGAAAAUAAGAAUAUAUUUUGCAAAAGUUCAGACACUAAGGAUGUUGUGUUUACAAAAAUUUUAGUGUUUUUUCGUAUAGAUGAAUUGCCCGUGGCCUUACAAAAUGUCAUGUGGUGCUACCACAAUUUCUCAAAAUUAUUACAUUUUUUUCCAACAUAUUUAAUAGUUUUUUUUACAAAUUGUCAGUAAUAUCAAGUAGGUAGGAACAAAGUGUUUGCAUUUCAUUUGAGUUUUUGUAAAUAAUGAUCUCACAUUUUCGCUCUGUAAUGCCACAGUCACUAUAUUAAAUAUACAGUCUUGUCUCGGUCCACAUUCAGCAUUCAUCAAACCAACAGCCAGAAAUCUGGGAGUAAUUUUUGAUUCAGACCUCACCUUCUCCACCCAUACCAUAAUAUCAUCCAGUCCUGUUUUUUUCACUCGCGCUCAAUUUCAAAGAUUGAACAAAUACUCACCCUACCAGAUCUCGAAAAAAUAAUCCACACUUUCAUUUUCUCAAGGCUGGACUACUGUAACUCUCUCCUACCUGGUCUGAAUUAGAAAUCACUCUCCCGCCUCCAACUAGUUCAAAAUGCAGCAGCGAGGCUUUUAACUGGUUUUAGUAGACAGCAUCACAUCACUCCAAUUUUAGCCUCCCUUCACUGGCUUCCUGUCAGUUUUAGAAUUGAUUUUAAGAUUUUAUUGAUUACUUUUAAAGCACUCAAAGGACUUACUGUGAGCUACAUUUUAGAGCUUUUAAUACCAUAUGAGCCAACUUGCAGCCUCAGAUCCUCUGGUGAAGGUCUCCUGAUCGUUCCAAAGUCGAGGUCAUUACUAUUAUCAUCUGGAUUACUUGUUAUUAUUUUAUUAUCAUUGUUGAUUGUCUUUUAUAUUUUCUAUCCUGUUUCUGUUUUCAUCCUCCCUUUUAAUUGCAUUUUCCUCUUAACUAUUUUAUGUUUUUAUUUUGGUCCUCAUGGUCUCAUUUUAUGUUGCAUGGUUCUUGUAUUGUCUGGGUUCCUUAUGACAUGAAAAUGGCUUUCAAUCCCUUUUUUACUGAGCUUUUUGUUUUUAUCUGUCUUUUUCCAUGUGCAUUAUGACUGUAUGUCAAAGCACUUAAACUUCUGUUUUUUAAAAGUGCUAUUCAAAUAAAGUUAUUAAUUCGAGUAGUGUAUGUGAGACUACAUACUUAAAUUUUGUUGUACCCUGUUUACAAAGAAUUGUAAAGAUAUUUUAAUCUUUUAACAGAAUAAAUUUACUCCUCCUUGACCCUUUUUUGCUCCCAGGUCUUGACAAGAUGAUGGUUGACAGGGAUGGCGAGGUUACUGUCACCAACGACGGAGCCACCAUUCUCAGCAUGAUGGACGUUGAUCACCAGAUUGCCAAGCUGAUGGUGGAGCUUUCAAAGUCACAGGAUGAUGAGAUUGGUGAUGGAACCACUGGAGUUGUUGGUACGAGAAGGAGGAAAUAUGAAGGAUUUUCAUAUUUUCUGCUGUAAUGAUGGCACCACUUCACUCUGAGUGACACUGAUUACAAGAACAGCACUUGAAACUGCUAACACUUUCAUCUGUUCCUAAACAGAAAAAAACUCAAUGUUGCUCUGUACAUUUUCCAUCGAAUUUCUCCAAUAUACAACCCAGGCAUGCUGAAUUACUAAGAGACUUGAGGAUUCCUUAGCUUGUGCACCUGAUAGAUUUAAAGUACAGAAUAGGGUGACUCUGUUUCUAUUACACUAAAUUAAGAACCAUGUGUCCUGUAACUAUAUCACAGCAAAACUGACGAGUAUGUUGUGUGUAUAUAGCAUGCUUUAUCCGAGUUAGAUAGUUGCCACUUUUUAGAUGCAUUUCAAUCAUACUCCAGCUAGCAUUUGUAACCAUUGACUUACUCAGUUUUUCUCCUCCUUAGUGCUUGCUGGGGCUCUGCUUGAGCAGGCUGAGCAGCUGCUAGACCGCGGGAUCCACCCCAUCAGGAUCUCCGAUGGUUACGAUCAGGCCGCACGUAUCGCCAUCGAGCAGCUGGACAAAAUCGCAGAAACUCUACCCUGCGAUCCCAACAACACAGAACCACUGAUUGAGACCGCCAUGACAACGCUGGGAUCUAAAAUGUAGGUUAUUCAAAACUGAAGGGUAUAUUUUGCUGACUUGCUAACCAGCCAAUAUUGCUUUCCUUAAUUUGUGUAUGAUUUGUGCUACUAACGAACUAGUAGCUUUGUAUGCAAUUGACUGAGUUCAGUAAUCUUAGCUGAUGUCACAAAUUUAAAUCAUAUUUCACUUUACAGCAUCAACCGGUGCCACAGACAGAUGGCAGAGAUUGCAGUGAAUGCCAUCCUCACUGUGGCAGACAUGGAGAGGAAGGAUGUAGACUUUGAGCUCAUCAAGAUGGAGGGCAAAGUGGGAGGCAAGCUGGAGGAUACACAGCUCAUCAAGGGAGUCAUUGUUGACAAGGAGUUCAGCCACCCUCAGAUGCCUAAGGUAGACAUACUUUAAAUUGAGCCCUUGAUUUAAUCUAAAAUAUGGUUCCGAAUACUAGGGUGUUGAGUGACAUGUCUGUCAUGGUUUAUUAUGAUGGCAUUACAGCUUAUUUGAUGCCAUUGGAAGGAAAGCAGCUGGGUUUGACAAGACAGGAAUGGCGAUAAAUAGUCACUCACUCCAGCAGUGCCUCCGCUUUUUCUAGCCAACAGUUGUUGUUUUUUUGUCUGUUCCCCUACAACCCAUCGUUAAGGCAGGGAUGUUUUUGCCUGAGAUGAACUAGCUUCUCCUAUGUCUCACAGUUCAAUCUUGCCCCACUAGCUUCAUCGUUCUUCUUUUGCUUUGCCAUGUUGUUUGUUUGUUAUCUGAUUUAAACAUCAAUCAAAAUGAUCGUUGUCACAGUUAAUGCCAUAAUCAAGCAGCCCUUUCUUGUGGAGUGGCCACAGCAAGACCCUGAUGUUAACUUAUUUUUUUUGGUCACCACUCAGGUUCUGAAAGACGUCAAAAUCGCCAUCCUCACCUGCCCAUUUGAGCCCCCUAAGCCCAAGACCAAGCAUAAGUUGGAUGUCACAUCUGUGGAGGACUACAAAGCCCUUCAGAAGUAUGAGAAAGAGAAGUUUGAGGAGAUGAUUCAACAGGUGGGAAUUUAUCAUUUUACACCCUAGAAACCAUUCUCCAUCACACUGCUAUGUGUUGAACUCUUUGAUGCAAGCUUCUUUCUCUUUUAGGUUAAAAGCAAUGGCGCUAACUUGGCAAUCUGUCAGUGGGGCUUUGAUGAUGAGGCCAACCAUCUCCUGCUGCAGAAUGAGCUGCCGGCUGUGCGCUGGGUUGGAGGACCUGAGAUCGAGGUAAGAAAUCACAUUGAUCACACUUUACUGGGGGGUUAUACUCCAAACAAAAUAGCCACAAGUCCCUUUUAUAAUGAUAAAUUAUAUUUUCAAGUAAUGGAAACAUGAUUACAAAUAUAUAUUGCUUUGUUUUCUCUGCAGUUGAUUGCCAUUGCCACAGGAGGGCGCAUCGUUCCUAGGUUCUGUGAGCUGACACCAGAGAAGCUUGGAACAGCUGGUGUGGUGAAGGAGAUCUCCUUUGGCACUACAAAGGAUCACAUGUUGGUUAUCCAGGAGUGCAAGAACACCAGGGCUGUUACCAUUUUCAUCCGGGGAGGAAACAAAAUGGUAACUAAAGCUGUGCCCUUUUACAGCCCUGACAUUUAUACACGUAUGCCUUAUCAUUCACCUUGUGUUGUAUCUUUUUCUUAAGAUCAUCGAAGAGGCCAAGCGUGCUCUCCAUGAUGCUCUUUGCGUCAUUCGCAACCUGGUCAAGGACAAUCGUGUGGUGUAUGGAGGCGGGGCUUCAGAGAUUGCAUGUGCUCUGGCUGUCAACCAGGCUGCAGAUAAGGUAAAAAAGCACCUAGAUCUCAGGAUACAGAUUUCAAGCUUCUUUCCUCAAGCUGCCCAUCUUAGCCACUGUCACUAACUGAAUAUCUGCCCCUCUCUGUUCUAGUGUCCAUCACUGGAGCAGUAUGCAAUGAGGUCAUUUGCUGAUGCUCUGGAGGUUAUCCCAAUGGCCCUGGCUGAGAACAGCGGGUUGAACCCAAUCCAGACCAUGACUGAGGUCCGAGCCAGACAGGUCAGAGAAAACAACCCCUUCCUCGGCAUUGACUGUCUGCACAACAACACCAAUGGUAAGAAGCUUUUUGUCUGACAAUCCUAACCCAACACUGUAACGCUUAGGAAAUACUCAAAGGAUUUUCUCCUCCACAGACAUGAAGCAGCAACAUGUAGUCGAGACCCUGAUCGGCAAGAAACAACAGAUCCUGCUCGCCUCUCAAGUAGUCAAGAUGAUCCUGAAGAUCGACGACAUCCGAAGCCCGGGAGAGAGCGAGGACUGAAGGCCUCCUGGAGCAAGUUAAUGUUUCUGAGCUGUUCUAGAAGUUGUAGGCACUUUGUGGAGCACCGUGUACAACCCGCACUGCGUACUGCUAUUUAUCAUUUGAUACAAAACGUUCAAGCUGAUGGGGUAUCCGAGUCAUCAUUAAAAUGUUGGUCUGUAAAAAUUCCCAGACUCUUUUUUUCGAUUAUGGCCUCAGUCACUGUGGCCUUAGGGUAUUUCAUUACAAUACUUGGUUCAAACUUUAUAGUUUGUAUAAAAAAAGCAAAAAAAAAAGCAAAAGCUGGUUCAUCAAGAGUUUAAUCAGUGUUCCUUAUAUGACUGUAGUUACUGGCAUGCUUUGAAUCAUAGCUGCACUUUCGAUGCUAGAUAGUUUUGGGCUCACAGUUAUUGUAAUAACAAGAAAAAGGUCAGUUCUUCUGGUCCAUAACAGAACAUUUAGCUGCCUCAGAUCACAUUUGCAAUUACAUUAAUAAAAAUUGAUUACCAAAUGUACAAUUAUAACCUUAAGCUUGAAGCAAAAAGCACAUUAAGUUUAUUUGAGUUUAAAGCAUGUAUGAAAGGCAAAGUAUAUCUCGUCUCUCUGGCGUAAUUUUCUAACAUAAAUCUUUUUGGCUGAGAGCCUUUUUUAAGCCAUACUAAAACUUCUUCACAUAUACUUUUUGAGCCAGUUGAGUAAGUCGGCUCUAGCUUCCAAGAUGCUCGGUUUGUCGUCAGGGUUCAUAUCUUCAUUCUUUCGGUGGACAAAACCGUGUGUCUGACCUGGAAAGAUCUUCACAUGGAAAUCAGUUGUGCAUUUCUCCUUCAACCUUUCUUCAAGAACAUUUACCUGAAAAGACGUGCAAAAUAAAGGAUUUAUAGUUGUGAUAUUGCACAUGUAAAGCAUAUAUCUUCUAAAGCUACUGCAGUAAGUUACCUGGUCCAGUGGAAUGAAGGAAUCAUUCCCAGCAAAGAUAAACAACGUAGGAAACUUCAGCCCAUACCUGUCCUCUCUGUCACGGACAAUCCCUACGCAGAAUCACAUGAGCCCAUCACAAAGAGUCUUUGUGCUGUAUACUGAGAGUUAUAUAUGCUUUACUCGAAAAAUAUACAGACCAUAUAGAGACACUCCAGCUUUUAUCUCCGGAUAAUUGAGGGAAAUGUAAUGUGUGGCGAUCCCUCCCCAGCAGAAGCCCACUACUCCAAUGUUUUUUGCCCCACACUGCUCCUUCAGGAACCUCAGCACUGCAUCCACUUCCCUGGAGAGUAAUAUAGAAAUAUCACAAUUUUCUUCAAACCCAUGCAUAAAGGUAAAAAGUAAGGAUUGUCGACAUUCUCCGUUUCUAUUAACUGAAAAAUAUAUUUUUUUUAAACACAAAAACUGCUUAAUAAGGGGUUAUAGUUACUUGUUUGUGUCAGUAGGGCUCUUAUCUUUGAGCCAGUCCCAUAAUAUGGAAAAGUCAUUCGAAGGGUUCCAGGGUUCCUUCCCUACAAAGAAGUCUGGGCAAACAGCUCUGCUCAGAGGGGAUGAAAAAAGGACCACAAAUCACUGCUGAGAAAAACUGUUCUAACAACUAUAACAGGAUUACAUGCAGCAUAAAGUCCCCCCUAAAAUGCACUAUAAUUUUUUACCCACGUGUAUCCAUUGGCAGCCAGCAUGUCAGCCAUGUAUCUUGUGUUGGGGAGCUCCCAGCCAUAGAUGUCCUGGAUGACAAUCACAGCCUUGUCAGAAGCAGUGGAUGGUUUCACCACAUAAGCUUUGAUGUGCUCUAUCUGGACCUCUUGGCCGAGCCCUCCAUACUCCAUCCGAUCCCCAAUAUCACAGGGACAAGGAUUGGCUUCAUUUGCCAUCUAGCACACACCAAAGCAGAGACAGACAGACAGACAGACAGUGAGUAGACAAAGAAAGUCCUCGUUCGUGGUUUUUGGCUUGAAAUAUUUGACCCCCAUUACAUAACGAAAGCAAGCAAAGCCACAUGACCUUUUACUGCAUUCCCUUUUAAGAGCAAGACCAAAUGAUUUUCCCAUAAGUUAGCAUGAACAUACCGUUUUAUCUGGGGUAGCUAUUUAUUCCAGCUGCAAAGAAAAGUUUGACAGGGACCCAAAAGUUUCAGCGAGAGUCCGAACACAGACCUUUUAGGCUGGCUCUACAGUGUUUUAUUACGCAAGAAAUGUCGAUUCCUGUUAUCGCCUUCAAAAUAAAAGCAGUUAAAUAUGUACUCAAAAUUUCUCGAUAAAGCACUAAAGAAAAAUGAAGACGCCAGUUCUAUCAAUUUGGAAUCCCGCAGCAUGUGAUUUUUUAAAAAGUAAAAAAAAGUUGGAAAUAAUUAACCUUUCAUUUAGCUUUAGGUGUCAGCUUUUUUGUAGUUGUAAUAUGCAUGAACAUGAGGUAACAACCACAAAGCUGCCGGUCAUGGUCUUGCUAUCUCUGUCAGUUACUGUUAUUACAGCUAGAAUGUUCCUGUCAUUACAAUUGAUUGGAUGGGUACCAUCGAAACAUGCUAUUAAUUGCUUGCAAAUUUCCCAUCUAUACGUGUUUUCAUGGUGGAUAUUAAGACAUGUGAAAAGGCACCGCUGGGAUUCGAACCCAGGAUCUCCUGUUUACUAGACAGGCGCUUUAACCAACUAAGCCACGGCGCCGAUGCACACCUGUCCUAAACUCUUAAUCA